UACAAAUUCAAGUCGAAUUGUUGAUUCAUUAUGAAAUUCUGGCUUCAGUUUGAUGCAAUCGAAUUCUAGCUUUUGAAAGUUUGGAUUAUCGUUAUUCAGACAAGAACAAGCAGUGAAGAAAGAGGAAAAAUGGCGGAUGAUGUAACGAGAUGGUCGGUGACCUACACGAAGCACAUAAAGCAGAAGCGUAAAGUUUAUCAAGACGGAUUCUUAGAUGUUCAAUCAUCUAGUCAUAAGGUUAAGCUAUAUGACGAUUGUGAUAAACUUUUGGAUAGCAAAAUUGUGAAGCUUGAUGAUGCUGUUAAAUCGGGUGAAACAAUAACACUUGGUGCUUAUCUUGUUGACAUUGGUGAUCCUCAUGGAGAUAGUAAACCCUUUCCAAACUUGAUUCUUCAAAGAGACAAAUCUACUGCUGAUAAGGCUCACAUGUCCAACAGUAAAACCAGCAAGGUUAGCUCACGAAUUGGUAAAACAUCAUCAAUCAAUCUGAGUCCAUCACAGAAAAUUAUCAGAGAGUUCAAGAAACGUGAAGUCAAGAAGUAUUGCUCUCCACCCAGUUGUCCAGACACAUCUAAAGAUGAUUCAACAGAAUGGCAGGUCUUAUACACUACUCAAUUAACACAAAAAGCCAAGAAAUUUCACGAUGGAAUCUUAAAAGUUUUAAUUUCUGGGUUGCGGGGGAGGCAGGCGAUUCUAUAUGAUGAAACAAGGACACAAUUAGACAGCAGAUUCCUUAAAAAGGAGGAAACAAUUACAGCUGGUGAAUCAAUGAAAUUUGAUGGUCAUAUAGUUGACAUUAUAGAACUCAGAGACCAUAAACCUUUCAAAGAUACAAAUGUUGAUGGAAGAAAUUUCUAUAAACAGAAUACAAUGCCUUCCAAGAAUCACAAUGAGCAUCUUGCUGAGUUCAAGAAACAUGAAACAAACAUGUCUUUUACAAAAACAGAUUUAAAAGAGUGGAAUGUCAUGUACACUACACAAGUAACCCAAAAGGCCAAGAAGUUCCAUGAUGGUAUCUUAAAACUUGCAAGUUGUGGAUCACAAGGGAGAGAGGAGGCUACUUUGUUAUCAGAAGAUGGAACAAUAUUGUCCCAUAGAUACCUUAAACUCUCUGAAGACAUCAACAGUGGAAGUUUAUUCAACAUGUCAAAUUACUUGGUGGAAAUUGGUGAACAAAGGAGAUGUUCUGAAGGGGAAAGUUCAAGGAAAGCUUCUACAUUGGAAAAUGAAGAUGUAGAAAAUAUCAAAUUAUCUAAGAGAAUCCCAGCUAACAGACCUCUAUCUGAUGAAAAAACUCCAAAAAGAGCUUUGCAAUCGGAAGAUACUGACUCAAAAGCUAGAAUUUUUGAGCCAGAUGAAGCUGUAUCAACAACUAUCAUAAACAACAAGCCUUUACGUGAUGCACGUUCGAUUUUGUCCAUUCUAAAAAGACCUACUACUCAAGAAAGUGGUGAAAUAGAGAAGCAAAAAGACUCAUAUACUAGUACUUCUGACGUGGCAAUUUGCAAUGAGGAAAAUUGCAAACCAGUUGAUGAUGAUACUGAUACUAAAUCACCAGAUUCUUCUAAAGAUUACAAUGAUCUGAAUGAUUUCAAGAAUACAAACUCAAGAAAUGCAGACUUCCCAAGUUUUGAUCUUGGAUUUGACUAG